AUGGUUAUGGCAAAUCCCAUCCGAAAAAGUUGGCUGCCAUAUCUGAAUGCACUUGGAUUACAAUUCCAAUGUAUGAUGGACAAUUUAUUACCAGACAAAAUGACACCCAAGAUCCAUUUUUCAAUAGAAUACGAUAAAAUUAGUGAAGCUUUUGGUCCACCUGUGCGACUAUGGUGUAUGCGAUACGAAGGUAAACACAAUUAUUUCAAGCAAAUUGCCCUGAGGUCUCAUAAUUUCAAGAACAUGCCCAAAACACUAGCACACCGUCACCAGUUAAAACAAUGUUUACUUUUAUCCAAAUAUCAGCUUCUGAGAGCUCACGAUGAACCAUCGAAUAUUAAAUUAAUUCAAGAUUAUCAAUUACGUUUAGCGAUAAAAAAUUUGUUAUUUCAAAAAUAUGGAAAUCAAAUUCAAACAUCGAUAUCCAUUCCACAGUGCUCCACAUUGGUCCACAAUCAUGUUAAAUAUCAACAAACGGCAGUUUAUGUGCAUGACCUAGUUCAUACCGAGGAAAUACCCGUAUUUUUUCAAAUUAUGAAUAUAUUAAAAUUAAACAAUGAAUGGAUUUUAGUAGUUGACCAGCUGGUAACAAAAUCGUAUGAUAAACAAUUGUGUGAAGAAGUUGACGGUGAAACCCUUUACAUGAUGGACAAUUAUGAUGCUGUGGCUCGUUUAGUUCCAACAUUCAAACAACAAACAUUAUUUUUGAAUGAAAGAAAAAAAUUAUUUAAUUACAAAUUGGACGAUAAAAGUGAUCAACAACCUGAACAAAAAGUUUUGUCAACGAUAUUAGACAAUAAACAGCAAACCACAACAACAUUAGACAAUAAUUCGAAUUCACAACAAAAGAGAUCUGAUGAAGUUGAACAAUUAACAGAUUAUUUGGAAUCUCAUUAUGAUGCUGAUUUAUUAUUUGAUCUUCCGUUGUCCCAUUUGAAAAUCAAACCAACACUUGGUCCAACGAAAAUACCUGAUCUCAUUGAUGAUGCGCAAGCACAAAGCGAAGAAAAAGGUUUAACGGCAAGUUUAGUUUCUGAUGAAGGAAAAAAGUUAGGUGAAAGUUACUCAGUCCCAGAAUUACCCCUUCCAUUAAAAAUAUCAAUAGAAAAAAAUGAUUUAUCAAAAUUCGCCAAUCAUUGUAAUUUCAGACAAGUGUUAGCUGAUUUAGUUUUUAACGAUUUAGUCACAAAUUAUCGCCUAUGGUAUCCAAAGCCUCACGAAUAUUCAUCUAUAUCAAAUGGUAUUUCAGAACGUUUGAAAAUUCCGAAAUCAGAUAAUAAUGCCGUAGUAUGUAUGGUUU